AUGGUGCAGAUCCAGCCAGAGAGUAGCCAGCUGGACGGCUGCUGCAUCUGCAUCCUCAACUUUGCAGGCAACGAGCAAGCAAGAAUAGAGAAGCUGGUGAAGCUGAUGGGUGGCUCGCGUUUCAAUCGGUUCAUGCCACGCAUGUUGGGCUGCGAGGAUGGCAUCACCCACGUCCUAGCAGGCGAGCAAGGGGGCUCUGACUGGAUCGCUGCAAGCAAGGCGGGCUGCGACGUGCUCAGCUUUGGCUGGCUGGAGCGGUGCUACGCAGAGGGGACGCGGGUGCAUCCGUGGCCCUCGGAAUACUUGCAGAUCUCAGAUGCCACGCUGCAGGCAACCGAAGAGGACGUGGCGGCGGUGCUGGGCCGCAUGUCGGCAAAAGACUGCCUGACAGAGCCAAUGCUGAGGGGCUGGCUGCAGGAGCAGCAGUCAGCAAUCCUGCUGGCAGGGGGAGACAAGGAUUGCAAGAGCAGCGUGGACGUGGAGCUGGCGAGCUGUGGCGAGCUGGAUGGUGCCUCACUGCUGCAUGGCUGCAACAUUGCAGUUAGCAUGGUGGCAGCUUGA